AUGGUGAACAAAACAGUAUAUGAUUUAUAUGAUUGGAAAGAGGAUGUAUCCGGAAAGUAUAUUCUAAGUACCUGUGUUCAAUCCAUUAUCCUAGUGGUGGGAGUCAUAGGAAAUGCUUUUGUCAUCACUAUUUACACAUGGCAUCUUAAACCGAAAAAAGAUGAUAGGUACUUCAUUCCCAUUCUAGCUUGGAUUGAUCUUCUGGGAUGUAUAUUUGCCUCUGCGAAGAGUUUGGUCGAAAAUCAGUAUCCUCUGAAAUAUAUCAGUUCUUUUUCAUGCAAGAUCUUGAAUUUUGGAACCGCUAUUUUUAUUGUCUCUUCAAUAUUGUUACUUAUGGUUAUAUCAGUUCAGAGAUACCAAAAGAUCUGUCGACCAUUUGGAUUUCAGAUGACUCUAAAGGUGAAGCGUAUUGCUGCCAUCUUAACAAUAUUACUUGCUGGAACACUUUCAGUUCAAUCGUUCAUUAUGCACGAAAACGUAAAGGUUUUUCACGAAAACAGAAACAUUUCUGGUUAUGAAUGCGCAUCAGUCCCCGGGACUUUAAAAGACAGUUUUCAGUACAUAAUAAUUGUAAUAGAGGGAUUUUCUAUUGUUUGCAUGUGUCUUAUGUAUGGUCUUGUUGGACGCGCAAUAAUGAAGAGGUUUGGCAGAGAAGAGGACGUUACGUCUGACAAAAACGGGGAACCAAAUCACAACUCCAGAAACAAACUAAUAUCUAGACGACGAUUUUCCUUAAUGUUUAUGUUGAUAUCCUUGGUGUCAAUCGUCUGCUUCAUUACAUCAUGGACUUUCAUACUUCUACAGCGGAAGGACCCUGCGUUUUGGAGAAAGCUUUCUUUUGGACAGGCUCAAGUUUCCCUGAUCUUCAGAAGAUUUUAUAUAUUGAAUCACGCAGUCAAUCCCCUAUUUUAUGGGUUUUUUGAUCCUAAAUUUCGGCGCCAAAUGAAAACGUUAUUUUAUAACUUUAAAAGGUACAUCACGAGAAACGUGCGUGAUGUAAAAUUGGACCUCAGUGCCGAUUCCAGCCAACAAUCAGAAAUGUCUUAG